AUGACGGAUAAGCAUACGGAUAAGUUAAAAUCCAUGCGAUGCAAUAUCAAGACGAUGUUUACCUUGAAUACAGCGUGUACUGCGUGUGCUGCAGUGCCUAGAAUGUUUUGUCCAAGAGGCUGGUUAAAGACCACCCAAGGAUUGGGAGUGAGGGACUGCAGAUACACUGUCAAGUUAGGAGAAAAUACCCUUUCCCAGCCAGGGUGCCAUCACAUUUGUAAGAAGGAAAUUGAGGAAAAGAAAUGCUGUCCAGGAUUCUGGGGUACAGAGUGCUAUGAGUGUCCAGGUGGCUCUCAAAAUCCCUGCAAUGGCCAUGGGACAUGCUUGGAUGGUAUGCAGCAAAAUGGGACCUGCAUCUGCAAGGAGCAGUACAGUGGUUUUGCCUGCCAGAAUUGUCGAGAUGAAAAUCGUUUUGGCCCAGACUGUGAGUCAGUGUGUGACUGCGUGCAUGGGGAAUGCAACAGUGGCGUCACUGGGAAUGGAAGCUGCACGUGCUAUGGAGGCUACACUGGCCCCAGGUGUGACCAAGAGCUUCCCCUUUGCAAAGGCGUGACAUGUGAGGCCAACAGCGAAUGUGUGGUAAGGGACGGGACAGCGAUGUGUGACUGCAAGCUGGGCUACAGAAAAACUGGGAGCACUUGCCAAGCUGAGGAUUCUUGUGCUGCUUCUCCAUGCUCCCCCUUCGCUGUAUGUAAGGUUCUUGGACCACGAAAGUAUCAGUGUACCUGCAAAGAAGGAUUUCAAGGAGAUGGGAAGAUUUGCCAGCCCAUAAACCCUUGUGUUGACAACAAUGGAGGCUGCCCAGAAAACUCAACGAUUUGUGUUUACAGACUUCCAGGAGAGGCGACUUGUGUUUGCAAGCCUGGGAUGAGCAGGAGAUCUCCUUUGUCUGAGUGUUCUGUAUUUGCCAAUGAUUGCCGGCACUAUUUUUGCGACGUGACUUCCACAUGUGAAAUUAAUUCCCAGGGGAAUCCUAGCUGUGUGUGUAAAGAAGGGGAGAUUGGAGAUGGGAGAAGUUGCUAUAAAGAUCUCUUGAGUGAGAUAAAUCAGCAUAAUUCACGAGGAAGGUUUGCUAGGAAAUUAAACGUCGCCAGCAAAAUGUUUGUUUCUGGUUGCUCAGUGUUGCUGACUAAAUAUGGGCCUUUCACAGUCUUUGUACCAUCCCUUCUUCCGAUUCAUGAUAGAAUGGAAUUUAACGACACCACUGCUGAGCAUCUGUGCAGAAUGCACAUUGUUCCUGGACUGCAUUUGAUAGAAGACAUGGUGAAAGCCAAGACUCUGUGGACCUUGUCAGGACAUCAGCUAACAUUCAGUAGCCAGGCGUACAUCAAAUUUCGAUAUCAGGAUCUGCCGGGGGAACUGUACAAUGUUUUGCAGUCAAACCUACCAGCGGCCAAUGGGAUCAUGCAUAUCGUUAACACCCUAAGGAAAAACACUAGUGCUGACAACCUCAGAAACCCACAGAAAACCAUUGGUGAGAUCCUUGCUUCAAUGGAGAUCUUCAGUAGAUUUGAAACUAUACUGGAGAACUGUGGCCUGCCUGCGAUACUGGAUGGACCAGGUCCCUUUACUGUAUUUGUACCCAGCAAUGAUGGUGUGGAUAAGUUGAGAGAUGGAAGGCUUAUUUAUCUUUUCACAGAGGGCAUAAAUAAGCUUCAGGAACUUGUGAAACAUCAUAUCUACAGUUCAGCAGCGCUGACUGUAGAGAAACUGAUGAUGAUGCCACACAUUGUUACUAUGGCUAACCAGAUACUUACCAUCAGCAUCAGUGCAGAUGGAAGAAUUCUGAUGGAUGAAUCAGGGAUCCCCUUAAAAAUGCGAGACAUUGUGGCAUCAAAUGGUAUUAUUCAUACCUUGGAUGGCAUCUUCAUCCCUCCUUCAAUAAUUCCCAUUUUGCCUCACAGAUGCAAUGAAGAGCAACAUAAAAUUGUGACGGGCUCUUGUGUUGAUUGUGAUGCCCUCAACAACAGCGUUUGCCCACCUGGCAGUUACAGUGCUGAUGACUUUUUUUUGGUACAGGAACCAACGCUAAAAAUCCAUGAUCCGCAAGGCCUGAAUGUCCUGAAGAAGGGGUGCGCCAGGUACUGCAAUCAAACCAUCACGAAACCUGGAUGCUGCAAAGGAUUCUUUGGUCCAGACUGCAUGCCAUGCCCAGGGGGAUUUUCCAGUCCAUGCUAUGGCCGGGGAAAUUGUAGUGAUGGCAUACAAGGGAGUGGCAGCUGUCACUGCUUCGAAGGUUUCAAAGGAAUAGCCUGCCACAUCUGUUCAAACCCAAACAAGCAUGGCGAGAACUGUGACGAAGAUUGUGGCUGUGUCCAUGGUGUCUGUGACAACAGGCCUGGCAGCGGCGGUGUGUGUCAGGCCUGGUCCUGUGAGGAAGGCUAUAGUGGGAAAUUCUGUGACAAGAUGUCCAGGAACUGUGGCCCGAAUGGACUGUCCCAGUACUGCCACCAGAACGCUGUCUGCAGCCUCAAUGACACAGCAAGGUGCAUCUGCAUGGAUGGAUAUGAAGGUGAUGGAUUUUCCUGCCAGCCCAUUGAUCUGUGCAGUCAGCCAGAACGAGGAGGCUGUUCACAGAAUGCCCUGUGCACCAGUACAGGCCCUGGCACCGCCACCUGCCAGUGCAACACGGGCUGGACCGGGGACGGGAAGGCCUGCGUGGCUAUUGACAACUGCAUGCUGGAGAGCAGAGCGAACUGUCACAUCAAUGCCGACUGCGUUUAUAUCGGCCCCGGCCAGAGCAAUUGUGUCUGCAAGAGGGGUUAUGCUGGAGAUGGCUACAACUGUGAUGCCAUCAACCCGUGCCUCAUGGACAAUGGUGGCUGCCAUGACUUGGCUACAUGUGUACCCCUUGGAGGAGGAGAGAGAUCCUGCACUUGUCCUCAAGCCUACAUGGGGGAUGGCAUGACAUGCUAUGGGGACAUUCUAAAAGAGCUGGCGAGGAAUUCCCACUUUGCAGGCUUCUACGACUGGCUUAAGAAAUCUCUCUUCAGCAUCCCAGCAAAAAAGCCAUCAGAGGCAGCUAUCAAAAACUUGAGCAAGACUGAGAAGGAUUUCUGGUUGACGCCCUACAUGCUGCCAUUUUUAGUCAGGGCCCACUUUCUCGAAGGCAUCCUCACUAGUGAAAAGCUCAAAAAGUACAACAGACCAGAAUUACCCACGCUCAACCCACAGACCAGAUGGCAGAUAAACACUGGGAGCGGCGUAUUAACUAUCCAGAAUGCGAGUAUAGUCGUCAGCGACGUCCCUGCCAGCAAUGGCAUCAUUCACAUCCUCAGUAAGGUUUUGUUGCCGGCUUCAGGAGAUAUCCCACCGAGUCCUCCAGGUCUGCAGAAACAGCUCGAGACAGUUGCCUCAUUCAGCACAUUCAAGGAGUUGUUGCAGCAAUACCAGCUCAUUGAAAAAAUCGAGUCCUCUGAAAAAUACACAGUUUUUGUUCCUGCUAAUAAUUCCAUUGAGGAGUACUGCCACGCUGCCAAUGUGACACAGUUGGACAACGAGACAGUGCAGUACCACGUUGUACUGGGAGAGAAGCUCUUGCCCACGGACUUGAGAAGUGGAAUCCAUAAGAACAGCAUGUUAGGGCUCUCCUACUGGCUAAUGUUUUAUCAAAACAGCACCCAGAAGUUUGUCAAUAAUAUUCCUUUGGAUGGAAAAUUUCUUGAGACGAGGAAUGGCAUGUUGAUCGGGGUUUCACAGGUCCUCCAGAUACAAAAGAAUCGCUGCACUGCCAAUACCACCACCAUACAGAAGGAAUUGCCAGGAAGCAGGAAUCUGGCUCGCUGUGAGUUACGCUCUGGGGAUAUGGGAAUACUUGGCUGCCAUUUCACCUGUGCGAAAGUUUCUCUGAGGUCUGUCUGCUGCCCUGGCUACUACGGACACAUGUGCGAGAUGUGCCCAGGGAAGCCGGGCCAGUGGUGCUCCGGGAACGGGGAAUGCCAGGACGGCAUGGAGGGCAGUGGAGAGUGCCGAUGCCUGGAGGGUUUCCAUGGCACUGCCUGCGAAAUGUGUGAAGUGGGCCGAUACGGAGCUGACUGCAAAUCAGAAUGUGCCUGCGACAACGGCAUAUGUAACGAUGGACUGCAAGGGGAUGGGAGCUGUGAGUGUUUCCCAGGAUGGAAGGGCUCUACCUGCCAAGAAAGAAUCGAGAUUGACUUGUGCAAUAACACUUGCCAUCAGAUGGCCAACUGCCUCAAUAGUUCUGCAGAUUCCCCACCUACAUGCUCCUGCUCUGCUGGAUACACAGGGAAUGGGACCCAUUGCACAGAAAUAGAUCCCUGCACCAUCAAUCAUGGGGGCUGCUCCAUACACGCUGUGUGUACCAAAGUGUCCCCAGGAGAGAGAACCUGUGUCUGUAAGGAAGGCUACGCUGGCGACGGGACGCUCUGCAUGGAAAUUGAUCUCUGUCUCGAAAGCAACGGGGGCUGCCACGCCAACGCGGAAUGCGUUAAAACAGGCCCAAGGAAGGUUGCCUGCAAUUGUCUUCCCGGUUACACUGGAGAUGGCGUGAGCCAGUGCAACCCCAUCAACCUGUGUGAACAGAACAACGGAGGCUGUAGCCCGUUUGGACUCUGCCGGUACACAGGCCCUGGCACUCGGAACUGCUCCUGCUCUUGGCACAGUGUUGGAGAUGGCUUCACCUGCCAUGGCAAAGUGUAUCAGGCAGAAGGCAUCAAGGAGCUCAGUGGGGCAGGGCCUUUCACUGUCUUCGUCCCGCGGACUGAUUUUAUGGGAAACACAACGUUUGAGGAGUGGAGGAGCAGAGGUCUCCUCCGGGACCUGCUUCGCUACCACAUGGUGGGUUGUCGGAAAUUGCUGUCCAGUGACCUGGAAACCCAGGAGUCCCUUACAUCUUUAUCUGGCCACAAAAUAAAGAUCACAGCAAAAGAGAAUAGCAUCUAUCUCAAUGAGGAAGCCAAAGUGGUCGUGAGUGACAUCAUCGGCGUGAACGGUGUCAUUCAUAUCAUCGACAAGAUCCUCGUUCCAAGUGACCUGGUGGACCGUAACGUUUCAUCAAAGAUCUCACAGCAGAGUAUCACGGAAGUGGCAGAGGCCUUUGGGUACACCAUUUACAGCAAGCUGCUGCAGGAUGCGGGGCUGCUGCCACUGAUAAGCGACCCCCUGCAUAGACCCUUCACCAUGCUGUGGCCCACGGAUGCUGCGUUUAACGCCCUCUCGGAGAAGAGGCAGAAGUGGCUGUACCACAGAGAGCACCGGGACGUGCUGGCCUCCUACCUCAAAGCACACAUGAUCAGGGACACAAAGAUCGUUGCAGGUAACGUGCCCCAGGUCGAUUCCGUCCGGACCAUGCACGGCUCCACCGUCUCGUUCAGCUGCAGCAAAACCCACGUGGGGGAGCUUCUGGUGGGGAACGGCGAUGCCACCAUCAUCCAGAGGCACAUGGAAUUCAAUGGAGGCAUUGCUCAUGGCAUCGACAGGCUGUUGGAGCCACCGGAUCUGGGAUCUCGGUGUGACGAGUUCAUCUUUGUUGAGCUGCAGGUAAGUAGCUGCGGACUCUGUGGCUUCGAGCCACCCUGCCCUGCUGGCUCCGUGCAACGGCAGGGGGGAACCAGGCGCUGCUACUAUUACGGAAACCAGCUGUUGAGAAACACUUUUCUGUUUCACCGCAACUCCCUGUUGCGGCCGUCCUGGCCACCCUCCCCGUGGGACCCUUUCAGGAGACACUUCUCUUCCAGGGGGCCUCUGAAACGAGGCUGCAGGAGGAGCUGCAUUUCCACCCAGUGGGUCCCUCAGUGCUGUGCGAACCACUAUGGCCGAGACUGUCAGGCGUGCCCGGGAGGGCUGGAGGCGCCGUGCGGUAACCGCGGGACCUGCGACGACAAAAUCAGCGGCUCGGGGAGGUGCAACUGCAGCCAGGCUUUCAUCGGGACCAGCUGCGAGCUGUGCGCGCCGGGCAGGUUCGGGCCGGACUGCCGAG